GAAAUAAACACGUGCACAACAAAUUCAAAAUUACACGGUACUUAAAAUUUAAAGUCCCAAUAAAGAUGAUUAUGUAUUCGGUAUUGUUAUAAUACGUGGUACCGAUUUCUUUCUUAUUGAUAUUAAUAGUACAGAGUCAGCCAUACUACCCAUGCAAGCAUUUGAAAAUGGAUGUUGCGCAAAUCGAGUAAAAAUGAAUCGUCUAAGUAUUGUAUAUGCGCGUAUUAGUCGCGCUGAUUUGUGGUGGCAAACAGAGUUAGCAUGUUGUUCACCAAAUCCAAAUAAAAAAUAUAAUAAAUCAAACAUAUUCGGUGUCAUUGAAGACGGUUAUCUUAUAAUAUGCUCAUUGAAGUUGUGUUUAAAAUUGCGAAAUACAUCAUUAAUAUCGAGAUUAACAAAAAUCGUUAAAGGUUUCCAGAUAAUACCAUCUGUGAACGGUUUUAUAUGGUAUACGACAACGUCAACAAAUUCAUUGAUUGUUGUUAAAAAUAUUCUACUGAACAUGAAACAAUAG